AUGGGCCAUGCAGUCGCCGAGGGCCUGGCCGUCGGCGUAGACGCCACACGUGGCAGCCUCGCGACGCGCCACGUCGCCCCACGGCGCCCAGAUGGCGUGGCUAUGCCGAGGGCACGACCGUCGGCGUCUGAUGGAGCACCGUUAACGGCGACGGCGCGCCGUGGCCAAACACCGAGGGCAGCUACGCCGAGGGACGAGGUCCUAGCCGUGCUCGGCGCCGUUUCGCGUGACGAGGUCGCGGGAGUCGUGCGAGCCGUGGCGGAGGGCGUCCUCGCCGCCGCCGACGAAGAUCCGUCAAGGCCGCUGGUCGUUACGACCGCGUGCGGUGUGUGGUGUCAGAAGGAUUGGUCGCUCAAGCCGGCCUACCGGCAGGCCGUCGUUGAGUCCUACAAGGCGGAACAUGUGAACUGGCCUGUUUUGCAGGCAGAGGAUUCAAGGGAGGAGAUCAACAGCUGGGUCGCGGAGGCCACGAAGAAACUAAUCACUUCCGUCCUCCCGCCUGGCUCCGUGCACGUCGACACCAGGCUCGUGCUCACCAAUGCCAUCUACUUCAAAGGCGAGUGGGAGAAGGCCUUCCGCCGGAGCGGCACCAAAGAGCACACGUUCUACCGCCACGACGGCACCACCGUCCGCGUGCCAUUCAUGGCCGGAAGCGGAAGCUGCAAGUACAUGGUGUCAUGCUACGACGGGUUCAAGGUGCUCAAGCUCCCGUACAAGCAGGGGAAGAAUGGCGGCGGGGUACGGUACUCAAUGUGCAUCUUCCUCCCAACCGCGCGGGACGGGCUGCGUAGCCUUGCCAACCAGAUGUCGUCUGGCGGCCCAAGCUUCUUGUUUGACCACCUUCCCACGAGGCCAAAGAGCAUGACCAGGUUCGGUCUCCCCAAGUUCAAGUUGUCCUUCUUCUGCAGCAUGAAGGAAGUUCUCAAGAGCUUGGGGCUCCGGGCGGCAUUCGGCAACGCCGAUCUGUCUGACAUGGUGGAGGCCAAUUCCAGCGAUAUUUCGGUGGAAGAUAUGUUCCACAAAGCAGUAAUUGAAGUAAACGAAGAAGGAACCGAGGCGGCCGCCUCCACGGCGGUCACCGUGAUUCUUCAGAGCUGCAGACCUCCUAUGGACUUCGUCGCGGACCACCCUUUUGCUUUCUUCAUCGUGGAGGAGGUGUCCGGUGCGGUGCUCUUCGCCGGCCACGUCAUUGACCCUUCAAAGAAAACGGACUCAUAACAGGUUGUUCUGGAGUGAGACGUUUUGCCUCGAUGAAAACAAACUCGCUACUUUCUCUUUUAGCUGAGUACAAGUACGAGAUCUGAUUGAAUUUGUCUUGUAAAAACUGUUGGACAUCUCCCACAUAAUGCUUCCAUCGAGCUGCCAGAACAGCUAAGCCAUCCUAAGAUCCACCUUGUGUUACC